AUCGCGCCCUUUGCCAAACGUCGGAGGAGCGGAGAAAUAUUUAGCCCUUUGUUGUUGCCUGCUCUAGAGCUUGUUUUUGUUUCCAAGAGUUGGUUGGUUGGGCUCGUGAAUCAUGUCAGAGAUCCGCCGCGACGUGCCGGAAGGGACGGGGGCGGGGGCGGAGGGGAAGGGCGCCGAUUCCCACGUCGGCAGCCGGGCGGCGCGGCGCCGGAGGAUGGAGAUACGGCGGCAUAGACUGGUGGCCGAGCAUGGUGCGGAGGAGGUGUCCAGGAAGAGGCGGAAGUUGGAUGGAGAAUCCUCGACGGACGAGGAGGAGAUUGAGCCCGCCAAGUACGGCGUCACGUCGGUGUGCGGCCGACGGAGGGACAUGGAGGACGCGGUUUCCGUCAGGCCCGAGUUCCUCCCCGGCCACCACUUCUUCGGGGUCUUCGACGGCCAUGGCUGCUCGCAUGUUGCUACGUCGUGCGGGGAGCGGAUGCACGAGAUCGUGGCCGAGGAGACCGGCGGCGCUCGCUCGUUGGGGUCAGACGACGCGGACAGGUGGAUGGGUGUCAUGGAGAGGAGCUUCGCGCGGAUGGACGCCGAGGCCGUGAGCUCAAGGUCUAGGGCCAGCGGAGCGCCCACCUGCCGCUGCGAGUUGCAGCUGCCCAAGUGCGACCACGUCGGCUCCACGGCCGUCGUCGCCGUGGUCGGCCCUCGCCACCUCGUCGUCGCCAACUGCGGUGACAGCCGUGCGGUCAUCGGCCGCGGGGGCGCCGCCAUCCCACUCUCAUCCGACCACAAGCCGGAUCGCCCCGACGAGCUGGAGCGGAUCCAAGCGGCCGGAGGGCGCGUCAUCUUCUGGGACGGCGCCCGCGUCUUCGGCGUGCUCGCCAUGUCCCGGGCGAUUGGAGACAGCUACCUGAAGCCAUUUGUGAUAUCCGACCCGGAGGUGAGGGUCCUGGACAGGAAGGACGGCGAGGACGAGUUCCUCAUCCUCGCCAGCGACGGCCUGUGGGACGUGGUGAGCAACGAGGUGGCUUGCCACGUGGUGCGAUCGUGCGUGCGCAGCAAGGCGAAGCGCCGCGGCGGUCGGUCGAGCCCGACCUCCAACCUGAGCCCCAGGCAGAGCAGUGGAAGCGGCAGCGGCAGCAGCAGCGGCGACGAAGCCCAGAACGACGGCGGUGGUUGUGCCGACGCACGCUCCGAGAGCGACGAGGAGAGCGGCGAGGACGUGGACGAGGCAUGCGCCGAGGCGGCCAUCCUGCUGACCAAGCUGGCGAUAGCGCGGCAGAGCUCGGACAACGUCAGCGUCGUCGUCGUCAACCUCAGGAGGCGCCGCCCGAGAUUCUGACCGCUGCUGGAUCCAUGGAUCCACCAACCAAACCGGUCGUCCCAGCAUCCCUGACUCAGCGGCGAACAUGGCAUCCAUAGCGGAAUUCAUGAAAUACACAACGAAAUUGUUUCGUUUAUUUUUCGGGGGCGGCAAAGGUGUCGAGGCCAGACAGACCCACGCCGCCCCCGCCAUUUUCCUUUCGAAAGCCAAGCCGGUGAUGAUUUCCGGCGUGUCAAGAAACUUUCUCGAGCGUCUAGAGAAAAUGUAAUAUAAUCCGGUGGAAACGAUCAAAGCUUCCAUUCCAUUCCAUGCAUGAUUCAUCCUC